AAAGGGCCCUAAGCUCAGCUUCUUAGCUGAGAAUUCCUGAUACACUUGCAAGAGUGGUCUCUUGAAUGUAUUUCUUUUUAUAUUUUUUUAAAAUAAAAAUAAUGAACCCCUCAGCUCUAGCUGUUACUCUUUUAGCCUGUGCUCUCUUGUCAAUGACAGAAGGACUUCUAAUACAGCCCCGAUGUCGGUGUACAGAAACUGUGCCAAGGGAAAUCUCUGAUCAUAGAAUUGUGAAGAUGGAGAGAUUUCAGCCUGGUCCUCACUGCAAAUAUAUAGAAAUAAUUGCUACAGUGAAAUUCCGGAAGGAAAUUACUUUGUGCCUCAACCCCAACGACAAGUGGGUUCAGAACGCCCUCAGAAGAAGGAACCUGGCACCAUAAAAUGCUACUAAGUUGAAGAUGGGUGAAGGAAAACGAAAGAAGAGCUGAUGGACUAAAAUUCUAUUUUCAGUAUUUCAGUAUUUUCAGUAUUUCAUCACUCAUCAUAUGAGUAAUUAUCUA